UUUAAGGAGAGAGAGAAGGGUAUUUUUAUUAAUUACACUGUCUUGAAGAGCCCAAACCCCUGCCUUCCAAGCAGACUAUCCAACCUGCUGAGAGAGAAGAAGCCAAGGAGCUUCUGUCGAGACCAGUCAGUCUCAAUCUUCCCCUGGCCUACUCAGCACAGCCCUAGAUAUGGACAACACAACAGGAUUCGCAGUGACCCCUGUCAAUCACAACCACACCAACAGCAGCUGUUCCCGUGACAAUGUGCUGAAGACUGUGGUUUUUCCAGUUCUCUACUCCCUCCUCUUCCUGUUGGGCCUGUCCCUCAACGGCCUGGCAGUGUGGGUGUUCUUCAGCAUCCCCUCAACGUCCACCUUCAUGGUGUAUCUGAAGAACCUUGUGGUCACUGACCUUCUCAUGACCCUGACCAUCCCUCUCAAAGCAGCCAAUAUCCUGCCCAGUGCUCCUCUGACUCUGAAGGCCUUUACCUGUCGCUACUCUGAUGUUAUUUUCUACCUCUGUAUGUACAUGAGCAUCAUUCUACUGGGCCUCAUCAGUCUGGACCGCUUCUUCAAGAUCGUCAGGCCCUGUGGCAGGUUGUUGGGUCAGAACCUGGUCUUCGGCAAAGUGCUGUCUGCUUCCAUCUGGGUGGUGCACUGCACUAAGGCCACCUUACGGAUCUCUAAAAAGAUCACCUUGUGGAUGUCAGCCAUGAACGUCUGUCUGGACCCUCUCAUCUACUUCUUCCUCUGUAAAUCCUUCAGGACCAACCUGUUCAAGACGUUCCGUCUCCCACCUGGGACCUGUAGCUGGCUCACUGGGAAAGGGUCCGGCCCCAACACAACAGAGGAUCAGACCCCAACACAGGAGACUCCCCAGGGAGACUCCUGUGCCUGUAUAGAAAAUAAAAACUCUUCAGAAUGA